GAGCACUAGCCAGAAGAGCACUAGGGCACAAAUAAGGACACAUCCAACUCCUAAGACACAGUAUAAAUUACAGUAUUAUUAAUGAACAGUUCUGAGGUUUUAAUUAAAGGAGACAGCGCGGGACAUGGCACACUCUUCUGCCAAAGGAGAAGUGAUUUAAGAGGCAGAAGCAGGACUGUGAGAGAUCGUCUUAUAGCUUUCAUGUCAGCAGUUUGCACGUUUGGCUUUACGGCAUGAUUCCAACAUCAGCUCUUGUGAAGGACAGCUACCCAUGGGAUGUUGGGCGACAAGGUUUAACCUGCACCUGAAAGCGCCCUCCAAAGUGUCCGUGUUCUUCACCAUGAUUAUUUUGGUCACCUAUGUGUUCUACUGUCUGACCGGAUACUGCGAUUUAGCGCCGAUUCCGCUGCACGAGCGCAGACCAACUUUAACCCAACUUCAUCAGGACCGCAACGCGUCCAGCCAGCGAGACUUUCUAGCACGGUUUACCGAAGACGAAGAAGAAGAAGAGACGAAACAUCUUUCCGGGAACCUCUCGGUAUCUGACAGCUUCGGGAGUAAAGAGUUUCCCCAAGCCAUCAUUAUAGGGGUGAAGAAGGGAGGCACGCGCGCGCUGCUCGAGUUCCUGCGCGUGCAUCCGGACGUACGAGCUGUGGGCGCAGAGCCGCACUUCUUCGACAGGUUCUAUGAUAAAGGACUCGAGUGGUACAGAAAUCUCAUGCCCCGUACUCUGGAGGGACAGAUCACCAUGGAGAAGACCCCCAGCUACUUUGUGACACGAGAAGCUCCUCGUCGUAUCUUCACCAUGAACCACAACACUAAACUGAUCGUGGUGGUGCGAGACCCGGUCACUCGGGCCGUCUCCGAUUACACACAGACUCUCUCCAAAAACCCCGGGCUUCCCUCCUUCCAGAACCUGGUCUUCAAAAACUCCAGCACGGGCCUGAUUGAUACAUCAUGGAGUGCCGUGCGUAUCGGAAUCUACUCCAAGCACCUGGAGAACUGGCUCCGGUACUUUCCACUCUCUCGCUUGCUGUUCGUGAGCGGGGAAAGGCUCGUAACAGACCCAGCGAGCGAGAUGGAGCGAGUGCAGGACUUUCUGGGCUUGAAGAGGCUCGUCACCAACAAGCACUUCUACUUCAACCAGACUAAAGGCUUCCCCUGUUUAAAGAAGCCCGAGGGGAGCAGCAGGCCGAGGUGUCUUGGCAAAUCAAAAGGCAGAGCUCAUCCACACAUACCAUCUGAGGUGUUGUAUAAGCUCAGGGACUUUUACAGACCUUUCAAUCUGAAGUUUUAUCAGAUGACAGGCCAGGAUUUUGGCUGGAAAUGAAAGCGCAGUGGUUAAGGCUUCUAGGAUUGCCUUUAAGCGAGGUCCUUAACUCUCACAUGCUUCAGGGCAUUGCGUAAGAGCUGACUGUGAACACUGACCCCCAAAAAAGAGAUCAUAAUGGACAAAAAGCCAACAAUUUUCCCUUGGGAAUGCUUAAUGUAUAAAUAUAAAAGUGCUGGGUGUAGAAACCUGUUUCUUCUAGUUUGAUUCAGUGAUUAUUAAAGUCAACACCAUGCCAAAAGCUACUCUUUUUUUUAAUGUUUAUUAUGACUGUUAUGUUGUUAUUACAGUAUAAGCAGUCAAAAUGGUUGUACUUAGUAUUCGGUUGACUUGUAUUAGACACAGGAGACAUUUUUCACUUUUUUUUAACAAACAAACAAAUAAAUACAUCCAAUCAUCCACUUAUCUUUUUUUUUAUCUCAGCCAAGAACGCUUAAACCAUUUUCUUCUCAAAUCUUUAGAAAGAAAGAUGAGCUGAUAUGUGUAGUAGCUUACAAGUUUAUCCGUUCUUGACAUGCAGUUAUUCAGGUUGCAUUCCAAUUAAAGAAUGAAAUUUCAUUGUGUUUAAUGAUUACUGUGCCACUGAACAGCUCAUGAUGUCUGGGAUAAUCUCUUUAGUAUCUAGAGGACAAGGCUAGCAGAUAAUGUUGUAGAACCUGGGAUUGAAAUGCAUUAAACUAGGUUUAUAUGUCAUGAAUUUAAACAAAUAAUAAUCGUGUAAUAAGAAGUGUUUGAUUGGGGAGAGGUCAGGAGGAGAACAUGGUGGUGGUAGCAUUGUGUUAAAAGUUACCCUUAGCCUCUUUGUUGCUUCAUGGGGUAAUGCCUGGUUACUGUAUCUAGUGGAGGAUGGCCUUUUCUGGGUCGAGCGGCUGAACUAUAUUUGUUUUUUGUUUUUCUAAUGGACUGAAUGGUACUACAUUAAACUCAAAGUAUACCUGCUUUAUUCCUAAUUGGGGUCACAGGGGUCUGCUGGAGCCUAUCCCAGUACAUCCUGGACAGGUCACCAGUCCAUCACAGGGCAACCACACACACUCAAGGGCAAUUUAGAUUUACUAAUCACCCUAAUGUACGUGUUUCUAGACUGUGGGAGGAAACCAGAGUACCCAGAGUAAACCCACGCAGGCAUGGGGAGAACAUGCAAACUCCACACAGAAAGGCCCCUGCCUGUACGAACCCGGGAUUCAAACCCAGGACCUUCUUGCUGUGAGGCAACAGUGCUAACUACUAAGCCACUGUUUUGCCCUAUAAACAAACCUCGACUGAUAUUUCCAGAAAUAUACUGACUUCAUGGUGCUGUUUGUUUAGUUAUGUUCUCUGAUAGACUGUAUAUUGAGAUCAUGAGACACUUUUUUGCACACAGUUCAGUUCUCUUCAGAUAAUUCUAAAUAAUACUUACACAAUCAUAACUUCUAUUUUCUUUUAUUUAAAAAAAAAGAAAAGCGAACUAAUAUUAACUUCCUGACACUUGAAUUUUAUGGGCUAUUUUGUGUGGAAUCAUGACAUAAUCACAGUUUAGUCCAUUUCUAUUUUUCAUGGUGUAACACUAUAAAAUGUGGAAUAGUGCAAGGGGGUGAAUAUGCUGUGCUAGCCUCUGUAGGUCAGAAGCUUACAAAACUAAGAACUUGCUUUUGAAAACGUACCUUCUAGAUGUGUUGAUUUAACGUGGUCUCAUGCUUGUGAACUUAUAAGGGGAUUAAAAAAUAAAAAAUUAGGGGUGUGGCUUGUAGUAGCUUUACUUUCAUAUGAAAUCCAACAGAACUCUCCUGCUUUGCUUUGUUACUAAUCUCAUUUCAAUGAAAAAUAACAAGGAAAAGGAAGCUGGAAAGUGAUUUCGAAGUACAUUAUGUUUCUUUCCUGUACUUUUUGAAAAACAACCAUUACGAUUUAUAUUCAAAUGGCACUAACUGCAUUUACAGCUUGUUAAUCAUGAUAAAAGCAUAAAAGCCCUCUAUUUAAAGGUUUAAUACAUUAAAUGACAUAAUUCUGGUUCCUCUGUUUGACCCUACGUUUCUUUUCGUUUUUUUCUUCUUCUGAAUUUCCUCUGAACUUCUGUAAUGCUCUGAGAGUUGUGUUCAUUUCACUAAUGCAUGGCACAGACAGUUGUUGUUGUUGUUUUUUUUUCCUACACGCCUUUGCUUUCUUAUUUUACUGUCAGAUACGAAGAAGUGGACAAAGCCAUUUUGCUGCUAUUCAAAGUUUAAUAUUUGUUAAUGUUUAGAUAAUUGAAUGGCCACUUUUUAAUGUCUCUCAAGUACUCAACCACACCCUAGAUCUUAUUGCGUUAAAUAUUCCAUUAUUCCAUUUGUACAUCUCUAAAUGUGAUUCUGCGGUCUUCCUCUAAUCAGUAUGCAAAUGUAUUGAGUCAAGAAUAUAUAUAUAUCAGAUGAAUAAGUUUCAUGAUGAUCUUAAAAGAGCAAUAAAUGCAUUUACAUUUCAUAGACACUCUCAUCCAGAGUGACUUUUAUUUUACACAAUAGUGGGUUAAGGGCUUUGCUUAGGAGCCCAGCAGUGGUAGCUUGGUGGACUUGAACUCACAACCAUCCGAUCAGUAGUCGGAUGCCUUAACCACUACUCUAUCACAUCCCAACCUGGCUUCCAUGUUUGCAUUUAUUUUCCACCAGAUUAAAACAAAGCAUCAGUAACAAUUUGUCGUUUAAAAAAUAUAUCAUAUUUUCUCCCUAUAGGCACAUCCUUCAUACAAAGAGUAAACGAGAAUGCUUUCUAUAUUCUUUGGCUUCAGUAAGUAAUAGUCAUUUUUAUAAUACAGACUGUCGGAACAUAUUUCUAGCUUCUUUUCUGUACAUUUGUUAUUUAUAUGAUAUUUGCAACAUUAAUACAAUUGUGCCUGCAGACUUUUAUUCUGAUUUUAUUUGAAUAUUUUCAUUGACUAAUAAUAAAAAUGUUCUGGAAUUGAAUCGAUGCUAUAUAUAUAUAUAUAUGAUGCAAGAUGCUAAUAGAUUUUGUUCCAAUAAACCUAUCUGUC